GCCGUGUGGACACACGCAUUCACACACACACACACACACUUACACACACACACACUCACAUAUGGCGAGCGGAGGGCAGAAAGUGGUGCUGAUCACCGGCUGUUCGUCAGGCAUUGGGCUGCGAAUAGCCGUCCUACUGGCCAAAGACGAGAAGAGGCGGUACCACGUCAUUGCCACCAUGCGAGACCUGAAGAAGAAGGAUAAGCUGGUGGAGGCAGCAGGAGACGCCUUUGGGAAAACCCUGACGCUGGAAGCUCUGGAUGUCUGCAGUGAUGAAUCAGUUAGGCAGUGUAUAAACCGUGUCAAAGACCGCCACAUUGACAUCCUCAUAAAUAAUGCUGGAGUGGGUCUGCUGGGUCCAGUGGAGAGCAUCAGUAUAGACCAGAUGAAGCGGGUGUUUGAGACCAACUUUUUCGGCACAGUGCGCAUGAUCAAAGAGGUCAUGCCCGACAUGAAGAAACGCAGGUCGGGCCACAUCGUCGUCAUGAGCAGCGUGAUGGGCAUGCAGGGAGUGGUGUUUAACGACGUCUACACAGCCUCCAAGUUUGCCAUCGAGGGCUUCUGUGAAAGCAUGGCAGUGCAGCUGCUCAAGUUUAAUGUGAAGCUGUCUCUGAUUGAGCCAGGGCCCGUGCACACAGAGUUCGAGUCCAAGAUGAUGGACGACGUGGCCAAGAUGGAUUUUCCUGGGACGGACCCGGACACGGUCAGAUACUUUAAGGACGUGUACAUGCCGUCCUCCAUCGAUAUCUUCGAGGCGAUGGGGCAGAUGCCAGAAGACAUAGCUAAAUGCACCAAGAAGGUCAUCGAGUCGACUAGUCCUCGGUUUCGGAACCUCACCAACAGCCUGUACACACCCAUCGUGGCCAUGAAGUACGCAGACGAGACCGGAGGCCUGUCCGUCCACACCUUCUACAACCUGCUGUUCAAUUUCGGCUCCCUGAUGCACAUCACCAUGAGCAUCCUCAAAUGCCUGACCUGCAGCUGCCUGCGCAGGCGCACCAUCUCACCUGACUGAAGGAGGGGAGAGAGGGCAGCAGCGAGCCCACGGCAGAGACGCACCAACCGUACCUCAGAACGUCUGGAUUAGCGUAACGGACCCUGGUGAUCAGGGUUCUACACGUGAACAUGAUCAUAUACUGUAUGCUUUCAUGUGUUCUAAGGGUUUCUAAAAUGUGCCUUAGAAGAGUGUGUGUUCUCCGAUCUGACACACCUGAUCCUGACCUGAACUUACCCACUAAAUAAUCAUUCAUUUGUGUGAAUCAGGGGAGAUUGUGUAGAGUAAAGAAGCAAAUUCUGCUCCCCAGGUGGAACCCAGGACUCAAACAGGUUUACUGCUUAUAGCAGAAAGUGUUAAAGAGGGUCAGCACUCUUUAAAAUAAAGAAGCUUCCAUAGAACUUUAAUAGAAUUCCAGUCCUGGUCCAGAGCUCUGAAAAAAAAUAAGAAACCACUUAAAAAUGAUGAGUUUCUUUGAUUUUACCAAAUUGAAAACCUCUGGAAUAUAAUCAAGAGGAAGAUAGAUGAUCACAAGCCAUCAAACCACCAAACUGAACUGCUUGUUGAAUUUUUUGCACCAGGAGUAAAGCAGCAUAAAGUUAUCCCAAAGCAGUGUGUAAGACUGGUGGAGGAGAACAUGAUGCCAAGAUGCAUGAAAACUGUUAAAAACCAGGGUUAUUCCACCAAAUAUUGAUUUUUGAACUCUUAAAACUCUUAAUAUGAAUAUGAACUUGUUUUCUCUGCAUUAUUUGAGGUCUGAAAGCUCUGCAUAUUUUUUGUUAUUUCAGCCAUUUCUCAUUUACUGCAAUUAAUUCUGCUCUAAAUGACUAAAUAACAAUAUAUUUAUUGGAAUUUGGGAGAAAUGUUGUCUGUUCAUUUUACUUAAACAUAAACCUAUAAAUAGCAAAGUCAGAUAAACUGAUUCAGAAACUGAAGUGGUCUCUUAUUUUUUUUACAGAGCUGUAUAUCACGGUAUUUUUCAAGAUUCUGAUGGUUUCGCAGUAUAUUACGGCAACUUUAACACUUUAACAUGGCUUCCUUUUCAAAACUAAAUAUUUUUAAAUAAUUCCAUAAACACUAUAAACAGACCUAAAAUGCUACUUUAAAACCUUUAAUACCAAAACAUGCUAAAAAAAACAUGAUUUUUUAUGCUAAAUCGCACUGUUUUGUCGAAAAGUUUGUGAACAUUCUGUCUAAUAAAUUAAUUCAGUAUUUUACGUCCCUCUGGAGCAGAUAAAUGUACAAGCACCAGACUUCACUAACAGUCCUGUUGCUGAAUGCAAUCAAAUGCUCACAGUAAAAUGCUGCAAAAUUGAAUAGAGAGCCUUUCCUGGACAUUAAAGACAAUUUCUUCACCAAAAGCAGGACUAACUUUUAUUAAUACCCCAGAUUUUAUAAGAAUCAAUGAAUGAAAAUGUGUCCUAAUGCUUUUGUUCGCACAGUGUUCUUAAUUGUUUGAGGAUUAUACUUUAAAUAUUAUGUAAAGAAACUUUUAAAGGUCUUAAAAAUCUUCACUGAAUGUAAAAAAGCUUCAUUGUAUUACAAACAAACAAAAAACUUUAAAGCACCUUUAUUUUAAAGAGUGAAUGAUAAAUUAUUGUUUUAUUUAUGAGGAGUGAUACUAAAGUUUUGGAAUUUGAAAAUGUAAUAUGAGAUAAACGCAGCCAGUCUAAAAAAAGCUAAUUCACCGUGUGAGACUAAUUCUCAAGGCUAAUUCUCUAGCUGCUUUUGUUCAGGCUAAUGAUUUCAGUGAACUCUAUUGUGAAACUCUGUUUAAGCUUCUUUGAACAUUUUCUCGUUCUUUAAUCACUGAUUUUCACCCAGGCUGUGUGGGAAAUGUGGAUAAAUAUCAAUGUGAAUAUUAAGGUUAAUAAUAUAAAUGUCUAAAGAUCUAUUGAUUUCUAAAUAAAACACAAUAAUUGGA